UACACCGACGCGGCUCCCCGACGUGACGUAUGUUCCUGUGACGCGCAGAAAUUUUAAACUAUCGUCCUUCUCAGUGAUGGCGGCUUCGUUUCGUUCUCUCCCUGCAAGCUGUAAUAACAAAUGGUACUACACCCGAGAACAGAUCGACAACAGCCCAUCUCGGCGAGCUGGACUUGAUCCUGACAAGGAACUGUCCUACAGACAACAGGCAGCGAACCUGCUCCAGGACAUGGGACAGCGGCUCAAUGUGUCCCAACUUACAAUUAAUACAGCCAUUGUGUACAUGCAUCGAUUCUACAUGGUCCAGUCAUUCACCAGAUUUCACAGAAAUGUUAUUUCUCCUGCCGCACUGUUCCUUGCUGCAAAGGUUGAGGAGCAGCCCCGAAAGCUGGAGCACGUUAUCAAGGUGGCCCAUGCAUGCCUCAAUCCUCAGGAUCCAUCACCAGAUGUACGCAGUGAUGCCUACCUGCAACAAGCCCAAGACCUGGUCAUUCUUGAGAGCAUAAUACUCCAGACCUUGGCUUUUGAAAUCACCAUUGACCAUCCGCAUACUCAUGUUGUCAAGUGCACUCAGCUCGUAAGAGUUGUUCCAGCGAGUAAGGAUCUGGCUCAAACGUCAUACUUCAUGGCCACAAACAGUCUGCACUUGACCACGUUCUGCCUGCAGUAUAGCCCGCCCGUUGUGGCCUGUGUGUGCAUCCAUCUUGCCUGCAAAUGGUCCAACUGGGAGAUCCCUGUGUCUACAGACGGCAAACACUGGUGGGAGUAUGUUGAUCCCACAGUUACCCUCGAGCUGCUGGAUGAGCUCACACAUGAGUUUCUGCAGAUUCUGGAGAAAACACCCAGCCGGUUGAAACGGAUUCGCAACUGGAAGGCUGGAGGUCAGACACCAAAAGCCAAGCCAAAGGUCCAGGAGGAGGGUGACCAGAGGGACGCCAUGAUGAGCAUGAUCUCUAUGGCCUCAUCAGAGAGCACUGUGGCAGGCCUGAUGAGCCUCUCAGCUCCACCUUCUGGCUCUUCUUCGUCAUCCAUGGGUGACAAGGACAGCGGUGCAUCUGGCAGCGCUCAGACUUGGAGUGAAAAAGGUCAGGCUGGAUCUGAGCAGCAGCCCAACAACGAGGUUCACGCCCCAGCUAAGGUGUCUCUGAGUGAGUACCGCGCCAAGAACGCAGACGUCCUGGCCGCCCAGAAGAGAAAGCUAGAGAACAUGGAGGCCAGCGUGAAGAGAGACUAUGCCAACGCUGCCCAGGCUCUCAUUGGUCAGCAGCAGAGGAAGGAGAAGCAGCAGCAUCAUCACCAGCAGUCCAGCUCCUCCUCCUCUGACAUGUCCACCCCGUCGCCAAUUAUUCUGAAAAUCCCCCUGGAGAAGGAGAGGCACGACAGGAGCUCUCUGAAAAUGCGUUUCCCCCUAGCUGGGGGAGGAGGCAGCGGGCACAGCGGCAGCACCCGAGGUCAGGAACAGGACAUCAAAGUCAGAAUACGAGUGCCUGAGAAGCAAAGAGGGAGUUCAGGAGAGGAGAGCAAGAGCAGGGACAAGCACAGGGAGCGGUCUAACCACCACCAUCAUCACCAUCACCAUUCCUCCUCUAGCGGUGCCUCACUCUCCUCUUCACACAAGCAUUCAUCUAGUUCCAGUGGGGCAUUAGGAAGCAGCAAAAAAGUCGCCAGCGACUCUUCUAGAACGAGCUCUUCGUCCUCUUCUGCCUCACGUAAGAGGACGCACUCCCAAGAUCCCACAGCAGGCUCUCACCCUGCCUCUAAAGUCAGCAAGUCCUCUAGGAAUCUCUACCAGCUACCGUCCCUGUCUUCCUCCUCUGGGCAAACUCUGGGGCAAGGUCCUGACAUUCUCCCCACCCUGGGCCUUCCCCACCACCAAGGGGGCUAUUCGCACUCCAAAGGCGACAAGACAGACACUAAUGGGCACGGUGCAACAGGCGGAGCCCAGUCGAACGAGUACCAGGACACUUUUGAAAUGCUAAACUCACUUCUGAGCGCACAGGGGGUCCAGCCGGCCCAGCCGUCCAUGUUUGACUACAGAUCCCAAUAUGGGGACUACAGGUACAGCGGUGGCUCCAGGGGGAACAAUGCCAGGCCCCCACCCCUGCCUUCAGAACCACCUCCCCCACUGCCGCCAUUACCCAAAUGAGUUCCUGAUCAGGAGAUGUAUUAUGUACAUUAUACUUGACAUCACAAACAUCCAUCUUGUUACAUAAGGUGUUGUUUUUUUGUUUUGUUUUUUAACUCACCCAACCUGUUUUUAUAGGCGUCAGUGUGACAGCAGUGAAAUGUACUGGUGGGAUAUGUGAGUUUUCAACCUUUUUUUCUUUUUACACUUCACUUGUGGGGCAAUAAUGAGAAGCUUUAAAAGCUUACAAAAUGUGAGAAAAAACUUACAAGAAAGUGUAGAUAAUAUUUUUUUCUCUCUUCUCUUUAACUCAAGUGAAAUGUAAUGAUGGGACCUGGUAUUUUUACUGUUUAUUGUUUUUGGAGCAAGUCAUUGUCUUGAACUCAUGAGGAAACCAUCACAUACCUGUUAGGUCUUCUUACCGACUGUCUUUUUAUAAUGUUUUUAUAGGAUGUUAUUUAUUAAUUGAAUGUUUUUAAAAAAAACAACAAAAAAACAUAGUCCCCUUUUCUACCUUUUUUAAGGUUUCCUCUCUUUGUUCUUUUUGGGCAGAGGGAUAUUUCUUCAUCAAGACUGUACAGGCUAGUUUGAGAGUGCAUGUCUCCAAAGCCAUCUUUUCAAUAUUUUUCUUUUUUUUGAACACCAUAACCUAAAAAAAAAAUAUAUAGUUGAUUGCCACACCCCUGGUGUUUAUCUAUUUUAUUUCCUGCAUUAUUUGGUAAACCUUGUAAAAAGAUUGUAAAAUGUUUAAAACAUACAUGAAAUAUUUUUUACAUUUUGUUAUGAAAAAAAAAGCAAAAAAAAGAUGUAAAUUAAGGAAGCUUGUGCUUUUUGUUUUUAGAUUUUGAGUGUUGCAGUCAUUGUUUUAAAUGGUUGUAAAAUAUUCACAUUCAGUUCUCUAAUGAUUACACUAAUGGACAAAGUACAUACCAAGGAUAUACAUGUAUGGUUUAUCAAAGAGUUCAAACAUAUCUACCCGGUAUGGUCACAAUGAAGGAAUUGCCAACAAAAAAAAUCCCUCUAGAGAAGAAAUGUGAGUUUUUAAUCCUGUCAUGUAACUGUCACUUGUUCAUCAGUUUCCUCUGGAUGGCGAGUCUUUUGGGGUGAUCACAGCUAAAUGCAAAGACAGAAAUAGGCAGCAUAUAUGGAUAUACUACAUUUUUUAAGUGGCGUUGGCAUCAGCGGCGCCCACUGUCUGAUAAGUCACCCUGAAACUGCUUGGAAAAAACAAGUUUUUCUGCUGGUGCUCACUUUGUGGUGACCAUAUCGAGCACAGUAUACAAUAAAGUAAAAAUACACAAUAUCAAAGACUAAUCAGACGCCAUCUGUCUGUCUUUACGGUCGUCUUUCAUUUAUGCGUUUCCUUUUGGGGAUGUUUUAAAUGUGUAAACCUGUCAGUUCAUGCUGGUCUGAGAUUUAUGUGAUCAUGUUUAAAUCAUGCCUUUUGACUCCAUAACUUCAAAAUCGGUGGAUAUUCAGCUUCAGAUUGUUGUUGUUGUUUAGAAUCCAUCCACAAGCCAUGAUUUAUCAAAAAUGUUUGCACGUGUUUCUUAAGUUCUGUAAAUCAUACACUGCAAGCAGGUUAUCGACAUACCUCCACUACAGGGUCAUGAGCAUGAAGUAUAAUACUGUGUAAUUAAUUUGAAUUAAUGAUUAAUUUGUGUUUGAGCAAAAUAGUGGAAGAUGUGCCGUUUGUUGGCGAGAUGUGGGUAUCAUCUGUACAUUUAAUUCAUACUAAGCUUUAUAUGGUUUUGAUUGUAUAGUAUUACUGCUCUUUACCUGCUUUCUUUUAUCAAUUUGUAAUCAAAAACUAAUUUGUUUUAGGCAGUUCACAGUAAUGCAGUACAACAAAUCAGCCAUACAAUUGUGAAAUAUUUUUGUUCCCUUGAUUAUAUGGAAGAUAAGCUGAAAGAGUACAGCUCUUUGCUCAGGCAGCAGAGGUUUUAUUAGUUAUUCAACUCUUGGUUGUAACAGGGAAACAGUAAAUGCACUGAAUAUUUAUCUCAGUAGGUUUGCCUACAAUGCAAUUUGAAAAAGUGUUACAUGUAUAAUGGUUAGACUAUUAGAACAGAUGUCCAAUAUAUAAUUGCCAUUUUUGAAAAUUGUUUUAUUCGAUCUGGACAAAUCUUCCAAUAAAAGUAUUAACUUUAUGCUGUGAGAAAGUCAUACAAAAGCAUACACAUUUCAAAACAAACCCAUAUGUGAGAAAAAUGGAGGACACUCAUGCAACCUAACAAUGCAAAAUCACAUAGCUACAAUAAGUUUCAUGUUUUUUUUUUCAUGUCUUGGUGUUUUAAGUGACACUCAGGUCUGGAAAUGAAACGUUUUGGGAUUUUUGUUUUUCUUUUCAGUUAAAAGGUUAUAUGUGAACACUGUUCUUUUUGAUAUAAUGUGGUUGCUUUAUUCUCAGUUAAAGUCAAUAAAUAUUUUAAGAAAA